UAAGGAUCACACACACUAGUAAACACAGGAAGUACGGUGCAGAUGCUACCGGGUUGCAGGCAAAGACAUUAUAAUAUUGGAGAUUUCCCACUCGCAUGCAGCCGUGGCGGCCACAGGGCAGUACUGUUUUUUUGUUGUUUCUUCUCGGACUGAUUCAAAUCAGGACAGGGACACCAGUAACACAAGCCUUGUUUCAGAUGUGAUUUGGMAAAACAAGAUUGGGGGCCCCUACAAGGGGACACUCAACGUCUUCCUGCAGCUUAGCAACGAGCCUGAGACCUCCCCUGCUCCCUUCCACAGACAAUUAUCAAACCACACAAUAGGCCCGCACACUCCACUCUGUUAACUGUAGCUGCUUCUCAGAAUCUCUUCAUUGUUCUGGGGCCUCCUCAUUGGAUAUGUCUUCCCAUUGACCACACCUGUGUAGUCUUGCUAGCCAGAUUCAUGGCACUCAUGGCUGUGUGGGAACUGGAAAGAUUCUAGCACCUGUGUUCUCCAGAGCUGAAAUUCGGCCUGUCCCCGAGGGCCCUCACAGUGUUCCCGAGGGCCCCCACCCCAACGACAUUCAUCACUGUUGCAGUUGUUAAUAUGUAUAUUAUUACUCUUAUUUCACUUUGUUCCCCCACCCCCUCAACAGGCUUUACUCUGCCUCCACCCUAAUGGACAUGUAUUUAUUAAUCACUGCUACAGUUUGUAUGGUGUAUAUAGUGCUAUUUCUAUUGUUGUUUUUAUUACAAUUUUCAUUAUUUUAUUCCACUUAGUCUUGCAUGUUGGAGCUCGGCACCUAAGAUUUUCACUGUACCCUGCAAUCUCACCUGCAAACCCUGUACAUGUGACUAUUAAACACUCUGAAUCUGACAGAUUCCUCCCUUCCCUGUUCUUUUUCUCCCUCUGCUGCAUGCAUACUCAGCAUCUUUUGAUGUAAAAAGUUAAAUGUUGUAGAUGUUUUCCAGUUCACACUCCAUGGUACAAGAAUGCCUUUUUAAACCCCACUGAGAAACUGAGGACACGUGUGUAAUCUUGUUUCACGACAUUGUCUUUGACUGCAGGAUUUUGUACAGUAGGCGACACUUCUAAGAGUAUUUGUACCAAAUUUCACAGCUGCUGUGCGGYUGACAAUGGUUGUGAGAUGCGACGCUAACUGCUGUAGAACCAGUCCAUACUGAUAAGAGUCGUAAACAAGUCCAAAUACAGUGCUGAAAGGCAUUGGUCAAAUUUGACCCUGUGCGCUAAUCAAUAUACCGGUAGUGCUAGCUUGCUGGCUAAUGCUAUGCAGCAAAAGUGCCAAAGCCUGACCAAUUGCAAUAAAGGUUGAAACCAUAAAUAAAUAGCCGACAGUGUCAAAUAGUUAGUUACAUUAGCAACGUCCCAAAAUAUAUUUUGUUUAAAUGGCACCCUAUCAGUAUUAGGAAAAACACUUUUUUCUCUUCUGGACUUUCGAAUACUUAUCUCGCGCUUCGUGAGUCUUGAAGCCAUCGUUCGAUCACCGACAGAAAUCAGYGAAGCAAGUAAAUCAUGUCAUUACUGCCUAAAAUAGUAACGUUACGCGACAGAGGGAGGAUCUUACUCCAUGACCAGUUCAAGUGUAUUUCCGCCAAGAUGUCUUCAUCCUCUGGUAAGAGACUUCGGGUUCUGGUGGACAUGGAUGGCGUCAUUGCAGACUUCGAAGGGGGAUUCCUGAAGAAAUACCGGGCCAGGUACCCCAAUGAACCGUACAUCACCCUGGAGGACAGACGAGGAUUCUGGGUGUCGUCUCAGUAUGGGAACUUGAGGAGUGACCUGUGUGAGAAGGCCAUCAGCAUUUGGGAGUCAAAGGACUUCUUUAUAGAGCUGGAGCCCCUUCCUGGAGGAGUGCAGGCCGUCAAGGAGAUGGCUAAGAUGGAGAACACAGAUGUCUUUAUUUGCACCAGCCCUAUAAAACAUUAUAUACACUGCCCAUAUGAGAAGUAUGCCUGGAUAGAGAAGCACCUGGGCUAUGAUUUCUUGGACCAGAUCAUCCUAACCAGAGACAAGACUGUAGUGACUGGGGACGUCCUCAUAGAUGACAAGCCAGACAUCCUCGGUGUAGAGCCUAACCCAAGCUGGGAGCACAUCCUAUUUACUACCUGCCACAACAAGCACAUACUUCCCAGCUCCAGCCACCGGCGCCUGMUCUCCUGGGCAGAUGACUGGAGGGGCAUCCUGGAGGACAAGAGGCUCUGAGCCCCCCUCAUACACACGUCAACCUCCCCUUCUCCACCCUGAUUACCUACACUGUAUUGGGGUACAAAGGGUGAAUACCUCCACUAAUACACCACAGUCAAUCUCAAACUUGAAGUUUAGGGUUCUACUGUACCUUAUUUAGCCAAUGUCAGAGAAUAUGAAUCUGUUUUACCACUAGGGGGCACACAUCGACUGAAGCAUGAUGUAGAAAUACUGAAAAUGAUUGCACUGAAAGACCAGCAACAAUAUUGAGUAGAGAGUAAAUGCAGAGUUUACUGUUUUGACUCACUCUUUAUAGUUGUAUAAGACUAUUAUUAGUUGUUCCUUCUACAUAUUUUGUUUGUAUGUUGACCAGGACAUUGGCCAGAGGGCCAUACAGUUUUGUUUCACAUGUACUGUAUAGGAGUGACUCCAUUUUGUAAAUGUUGUGUUCCAACAUUGUGCCAACAUGGAUCAAAUUGUAGCCUAUAUAGUAUUUUCUCAACUUAGUUUAGCUAGAUUUUUWAAAGUGUUUUAAAGCAUCCACCAAUCCACAGGCAAGUAUUGAGAAUGACAGAUAUGACUAGGUUGCAUGAUAAUAACUUAAUGUCUACAGAUUUAAAACACAGAUUUAGAAAAAGUGAAUAUACUUUAUUUAAAAKAAUAUAUAAAUUAUAUAUCAAAUGUAUUAUAAAGACAUGCUAAACCUUCCUAUUUUAUUUCAAAUUUUAACAUUAUGUAAUCGAUUUGCAUUAGUCUUAUGUGUCUUAUUGUUUGAGACAAGAAAAUGGUUGACUGAGAAAAAGAUCAKAGCAUAUUACACCUCAAAGUAUCCAAUACGCUCAGCUGUGAAUAUGGUCAAGCUCUUCCAUCAAAACAAAUGUAUUUCUUUUCAUAAGUGUCUUUACAGGCCUUAAAGUAUAUUCACAAAGCAACCUAACGUAGCAGGCGUAGCAAGACACCUCCCCACGUUUUUCAGGGGAAACGGAAGUUUAGUUGAAGAUACUGUAUCCCUGAAAACCAGAAACAUCCACGUGCUGCUGACUCCGCGGAGAGUGUUCACAAAGUGGUCCAGUGAAGAAGUAAUACUUACACCGAGCUGAAUGUCUCUAGCCUUUUGUACAAUUUUUCAAAACAGUUGAAAUUGGUGCUAAUGUUGUUCGUUGCUAGUUCACCUAUUGUGAGUAUCCCUUACCCCAGUGAUUCACAUAGAGGGCAUAGCUAGCUCUGGCCUGACGUAUAUAGAGGCCCACAAUGGAGGUGUCAUAAUACCAAUAAAACCUAGSGGUCAAACAGGGAAAUGGUUCCAAUUGUUUUUCGACCAUACAUUUUUCCCAUAGUGGAUUUUAGAAAUGCUUAAAAUAAGGGUUGUUUCGUGUAGGCUUACCUUGGYGUGACGUUUUGAUAAACAUUUAAAUCUCUCUUGUACAAGGUGACUUCUAUCAAUAUACUCGGCUCUAUUUACUCUGAUUCAAAAAUCCUAAUUAGCAUCAAAGUAGACACCAUGCAAAACUAUAAAUCCCUCCAAGCUCCUGCACGUCAUCUCUAACUGAUACCUUUGCUAUCAGGGAAUGUGUCAAUUUUUAAACUUGCACAAGACAGUUCACAGAAUUUUCCAUUUAAAGAAAUGUAGCCUAUUUAUUAUUUACUACAUUUAGCU